AUGUCCUCAAAGAAGAAAAUGAAAGGAAAGCAUUCCAGAGAUGAAUUACAGGAACGCAAAGCCAACUUCCAUCCCUGUUCAAAUUUCCUUCCCCUUGAGGAACCGGAUGUCUCAAGGAUACCGAAGGUAGCAGAAGCAAAUAAUCUUGAGGAGCUCAGCGAUUCAUUUGAUCACCCUUUGCACAGUACCGCUGUGGGUGCUUAUGGAGAGGAGCAUUCAGAAAAUGAGUCGCUUGGUCAUGCUUCAGCUCCACGGAGGGAAAAUAGAAAGAGAAGUAAAGAAGUGCAGCGCUCAAAAACGGCUGGUGGUGAUGUUCAGAAAUCCAACACAGCUGAUCCUGAAGAUAAAGCCCUUGAGGAGAGCAUGAAGGCUCUGAAUACUACUCAAUUCCAGGCGAAAAAGAAGCGGCCUUCAGAGGAGACCACGUCAGAUCCUUCUGUGGGUAGCUCAUGUUCUGUACAGGUUUGGUGUCCCAAAGACCUGAAGAGAUCUCGUACAGAUAUUACAGAACUGGAUAUUGUUCUGGAUGCGUUUGAGAAGAUAGUGGCAAAUUACAGACAAAGCAUAGAAUCAAAUGUUUGCAGAAAAGCUAUCAAUGGUUUCUGUUCUGCUUUCAAGGACCAAAUCACUGAUCUUAUACGGGAAGUCCAGGAAUUAAAGAAUAUUAAGAAAAAAAACGCUAAGGUAAUAAAAAACAUGAAAAAGAAAAUGCAGCGACUGUUGCAAGUGAGAGAAGAGCUAAUUGGAGCUGAACCACAACUGAUACAACUACAAAGAGAAUAUGCUGAGAUAGAGGAAAGGAGAUCUUCCUGGAGGAAGGCAACUGAAUUGCUUACUGAUUUAAAGGAGCUGCAGCAAAACUGUUUGGAUUACAGAGAAGAAAACCCAAAUGAAGAAGAGGUAUAUGGAACUUCCAGCGUCCCUGCUCUACUGAUGGAGUCACGGAGAAUUCUAGAAGCAGAAAGACACUUUCAGAAAAUCAACAGGAGACUGGAAGAUGCUCUGGCUGCACAGACAGGGAAUUUAUCAAAACUAAGUGCUUUUUAA